AUGGAAAAGAUUUUCCAUAUGCUACCUUGUACUGAAGCACAGAAGGUGACUUUCGCCACCUUCACCCUUAAAGAAGAUGCCCAAGAGUGGUGGCUUCUUAUCUUGGAAAGGGAAGAGAUUACAACUUGGGCAAGAAUAACUACGAGAGCAAAAGGCAUUGGAAUUCUUACACUUAGAGCAGGGAACAAUUUAGUAGCUGAGUAUGAAAGCAAGUUCACACGGCUGGCACGAUUUGCAACGUAUAUUAUUCCAAUGGAGGACCGAAAGGAAAGGAAAUUUGAAGCAGGCUUAGAUGAAGAAAUCAAAGGCAAGAUCAAGGUUAUGAAAUUACCAAACUAUGCGGAGAUGGUAAAUUUAGCAUACAUCAUGGAGAAAUGA